AAAUGCGACGAUAAUAGAACGAAUUCGAAUAUAAUAUUAAAUGAAUAAGAGAAUCGUACGAUACGGUUUUUCACGUGAAUAAUAUUCGAUAAAACGAAGCUAAAUCGACUAAUGUCGAUUUUCCUUCGAUGUAGAGUGUCGUCUGUAAUCCGCUUGCGUGUGUGGUCCACGGUGUUGUGGUCGCAGGAAACCGGUCACGGCACCAAAUAUUAGACUAAACCUGGUUCCUAUGUGUAUGUGCAAGCAUGACUAAACACUCCACUCUGUUUAAGGAUAUAUUUGAAUGAAUAGCAUGAAUAAAAACACAAUCAUAUAUAUAAAAGAGAAUCUACUAACAACGAGAGAGAGUGAUUAAAAAUAGAAAGAAGACCAACUACUGACAGACAGUGAUAACAAGGGUCUAGCGUUAGUGGCGAAAUCGAGAGAGAGAGAGCCGCUAACAAUGAUGGUAUAAAUAAUUCGAAAACAGCGACUAAUGCGUUAGCAAAAGUAGCGACAAUCGCUAAGUUUAGUCACAAGAGUUCAAUAUUUGCUGAUCGUUUGGAGAAUAUCAAACAGUCUAUACCCACAGCAAAUGAAACAAGAUUGAAUUUAUAAUUUUACAUAUUGAAAGCUGUUUACAAAAUUCCUAACAGUAGAUUAAAUAUGAUUUUGGAGAUUUAGAAAAACCUGAAUUAAUUCUCUCUUCAACCGAUAAAACAAUAUUAAUGGAAUUUAUACAACUAUUAGGAUUAUUUGAAGAAGCAACAAUGGAUGCACAAGGUGAAAAUCAUGCUACUAUUAGUUGUGUAGCACCUUAUAUCCUCUCAAUUGUUCAUUCAUUGAAUAGCAAAACAUGUGAUCAUUUGGAAAAUAUGAGAGCAAGCCUAUUAUCAGCUAUGAAAGCAAGAUUCAGUGGUCUACUAAUACACUUUGCUAUUGGUGUCCCGAAUGAUCGAUAUGUGAUGACUGAAUGUUUUGCUGAUUCAAUAUUUCUUCUAACAUCAACCCUAGAUGUUGGAUUCAAAUUUAACUGA